GAGGUAAAGAUGCUGCGGGCGGAACCUGCGGGAGCUAGCGGGAUUCGGGGGCGCUGAAGUCGCAAGGGCAGGGCGGGAAGGAAGAUCCGGAACGGGGCGCGGGAUCCGGAGCUGGAGGCCCCCAGAAUUUCCCUUCUGUGAAAAGGCAAGCUGGUCUGGAUAAGUGAGGCCGGCCCCAUGUAUCCAGAAUCAACCACGGGGUCCCCGGCUCGACUCUCUCUGCGGCAGACAGGCUCCCCUGGAAUGAUCUACAGUACUCGGUAUGGAAGUCCCAAAAGACAACUCCAGUUUUACAGGAACCUGGGCAAAUCCGGCCUUCGGGUCUCCUGCCUGGGGCUUGGAACAUGGGUGACCUUCGGGGGCCAGAUCACCGAUGAGAUGGCAGAGCACCUAAUGACCUUAGCCUAUGACAAUGGCAUUAACCUGUUCGACACCGCAGAGGUCUACGCUGCUGGCAAGGCUGAAGUGGUAUUAGGAAACAUCAUUAAGAAGAAGGGAUGGAGACGGUCCAGCCUCGUCAUCACCACCAAGAUCUUCUGGGGUGGAAAAGCGGAGACAGAGAGAGGCCUUUCCCGGAAGCACAUAAUCGAAGGACUGAAGGCGUCCCUGGAGAGGCUGCAGCUGGAGUAUGUGGACGUGGUUUUUGCCAACCGCCCAGACCCCAACACGCCCAUGGAAGGGGACCCAUUUAGUUCCUUCAAGUCAAGGACAUUCAUCAUUGAAGAGACCGUGCGGGCCAUGACCCACGUCAUCAACCAGGGGAUGGCCAUGUACUGGGGCACGUCACGCUGGAGUUCCAUGGAGAUCAUGGAGGCAUACUCAGUGGCUCGGCAGUUCAACCUGAUCCCGCCCAUCUGCGAGCAGGCUGAGUACCACAUGUUCCAGAGAGAGAAGGUGGAGGUCCAGCUGCCAGAGCUGUUCCACAAGAUAGGUGUGGGUGCCAUGACCUGGUCCCCUUUGGCCUGUGGCAUCGUCUCAGGAAAGUAUGACAGUGGCAUCCCACCCUACUCCAGAGCCUCCCUCAAGGGCUACCAGUGGUUGAAGGACAAGAUCCUGAGUGAGGAGGGCCGGCGCCAGCAGGCCAAGCUGAAGGAACUGCAGGCGAUUGCUGAGCGUCUAGGCUGCACCCUUCCCCAGCUGGCCAUCGCCUGGUGCCUGAGGAACGAGGGUGUCAGCUCUGUGCUUCUGGGUGCUUCCAAUGCAGAGCAACUUAUGGAAAACAUUGGCGCAAUACAGGUCCUUCCAAAAUUGUCGUCUUCCAUCGUCCAUGAGAUCGAUAGCAUUCUGGGCAAUAAACCCUACAGCAAAAAGGACUAUAGAUCCUAAGUUACCCCCACCACCUGCUUGGACAGUUUCCGGUCCCCUCCUCGUCUCUGUUCGCUCGCUUCUGCUGUUUCAAAGCCAAAUGCAGAGUGUGGUUCGUAUCCCAGGGGAAAACACUAUGCCCAGAUGUUACCAGGAAACGAUCUCCAAAGUCACCGCCAGAUGCCACCUACCGCUUCUUCACUGGAUACUACCUGAUGGGUGCCAGAUGGCAUUGAUUAGGGGAGACAUUCAAAGGCUCCCACCCAAGCUUCCGCCUCUGUUUAUUCUUCAAGAAGGAACAUUUGCCCCCAGUCAUGGCCCUCCGUGGAGAUUCCAGAAGUCAUGGCCAAGUGGAGAUCUAAUCCUCGGAGCAGGCAGGGCUGGCCUCUCUGCCAAGAACCCCUGCCUCUGAAGAGGGGUCUGCCGCUUCCUAGCACCCUUUCUUCUUCCAGAUCCUGGUGGUUAAGGCAGGGCCUCCCUCUUUCCAUGGACACCAGGCACUUUGUCCAAGGCUGGCCUGGGGUCUCAAUCUUCCCAGACCUUGACAUGUCCCACAUGCCCAGUGGGCCAUGGCUGGGAUUAUACCGACCUAGCUGGCCCUUGGCCCCCACCCUUACCCUUGCUGGCAGGGGCAAGGAUCCCAGCUGGCUUUCCCAGCGUCUUCCACCCUCCAUACAUCUGCUGAGUCCCACAGCAGGGAAGCCCAGCAGGCUUGGAUGGAGCCCAUUGGAGUACGCCCCUCUGUCAAGAGCUGUAGACAAACAUGGUAGCCGGCCACACCACAGGCAGGUGGCUGCAGACUGGGCCCAUGCUCACAAGACCGCAUUCCUCUCAGACCUUCCUCUAAUACCUCUGCUGUCCUGGAGCAGAGGGCUUGUGACUUGGGCUCUGCACAGAAAAGGCACAUAAGCUUUUCAGUGAGGGGGCUCCCCGGGGCUCCUGCUGCUGCAGGCUAAGGGACUGGGGGAACAGAACUCCAGUAACAGCCCCCAAGAAAAGAUCCCCAGGGACCUCUCCCUGAAAAGAUGGCCAAGACUACUCAUUCUCUGCUGCCUACCAUCGUGCUGGCCCAGGAAGGAUGGGGAGAGGGGGAAGGGACAGGACAGGCAGCCCCUUGGCAGUGGGAGCUAGGCGGAUAGUGGUGCCAGGAAGCCUGCAGGUUUGAGCAAUGCAUGCUGCCUGGAGGCCCAAUCCCAUGGUCCUGUGAUGCUUUAGGGACAGGGUCCUACCCAUGUGUGCCAGCUAGCUCCCUAGAAGACCCAAGCCUCCUGCCCUGGACAGGCAGGGGCCAGUUCCCAGGCAUGUACCCUGGAGGCACAGCCCCCGGCUUCUCUUCUGUAGCUGCUGUUCCAAGGCUCCUCCCUGCCGCUCUUCAUCAUCUGUUGUCCAGCCAGAGCUGGGCAGAGGCUUGGACAUGGUGGGGAUGGAGGGAAGAGACAGGAAGAAAGGCAGGCAGGGUGGGAAGCUUCCUCUCUCACACACAAUACCCCCUGCAGACCCUGGGCUCUCGGGCCCUCACCACUGCUCAUAGCCCCAAGCCCUGAGACCUCAGAAGCAGCCCUGUGGGUGUGGGGAUAGAAGCCAUUAGGCUCUGGACCCUCCCUACCUGGCUGGAGGAGCCUGCUUCCAGGACAGGGCCCUGCAGUGGCCCAGCAGGAAGUAGCCAGCCCUGUAUAUACAGCUGGCCUUGGCCCUGCUUGCUACAUGGACCAGGCAUGCAAGGAUGCCCACAGCUACACUCAGAGCUAAGCUCCUUCAAGAGACAGGAAGACAGGCUGCAUGGUGAACUGGGUUACAUGAGCCCUAGAUGCAGGCAGCCUCCGGGAUGACAGUUUAACGUGUUUAUGAGAUGUCUUCUUCCUUUGCGGAGUUGGGGCUUUGCUUAAGGACAGGAUCACUCGCCUCCAUGGAGGGGUUUGGGUAAGACGGUCUUAGGAGACCACCAAAGACCCGUGCAGGCAGCUUAUAAAGGGGGAGCUUGCCCCUGGCCCUUGAAGGGUCUAAGGCCAGCUCCUUCCUCCAUGGCCACAGAUCUCCCCUUCCUCUGGCCCCAGCUGCCUACUGGUCAGUCCCAGCCAGCCUCCAGCACCUUCUCACCUUGAGCACAGCCAGCCGGGCCUGGUGCAGGAGGGGCGCUUUGAGGGAUCUGACGCAUGGAGCCCUGCUAUUGCUCAUCCCAGACCCAAGGUCCUGAGGCACGGCAGGGCAGCUGUGUGCCCUGCUCUCAUCCAUCAUGUACAUAAUGUGCUUUCUCUCCCGUUUUUUAAUGAGCGCGGCUCCUUGCUAAUUGCACCCCACCAGGCCGACCGCCAGCGCCUCCAGCUUCCUGACAGACUCUCCAAGGUGCAGCCCGUAUUUAUGGAAUGACAAAUAAAACCCGAGCCCUUCUGUCUCCA